UUUCGGUCUAACAUUUUGUCAAGAGUUUGGUCACGAAAUGAAAGGCAACACUGUCGUACGCCGCCAUGGUGUGCCACAUAAUACGCUGUAGGCGAAACGCAAGUCAUCUGGAAUGGAUUUACCCUCCAAAACCAUGUACGACACAUUCAAAGAUGAAAUCUGGAAAGAGCUGGAACCACUGGACCCAGACUGGUUUGACACACUGACAGCUCAAACGUUCAGUAAUGAGGGAAAUGUGUCUGAUCAAGAUGACCUGGGUGCUAACCAGGAAGGACAUUUUAAAACGCCCUUUGACAAAUUUGCAGGGGACAGUCAGCUGUUUUCAACCCCAAAAGUUUUCAGACAGAGUCGAGUUGUCUCACCUGAAACUGAGGAUGAGCACUCCUUCACUGCUGAGCAAGAAAAAGAAACAUUGCCAUGGACGGCCACACAAAGUCCAUAUUUGUUUCAGAUGUCAAAAGAGAGGGUCCCAGGUGUGAAAUAUGGAGGUAUUCAGCCUCAGAGUCAGGACGGUUGUGAUUUGCUUCAGACCCCGCAAAAAUCCCCGGCCAGCUAUGCCAAGCAUAUAUCUGAAAGUCUUGGUGCACAGAUUCAUCAUGAUAUGUCAUGGACCAGUUCUCUGAAUACACCACCAGCAUCCACCCUGAUUUUAACUAAACCUGAUGAGAGUCCCUGCCCAGUGAGUGUGUCUGCAGACAAAAAUACUGUUUUUGUACGCAAGCUUUUCCCUUCGCUUUCAAAUGCAUCUCAAGCAGGAAUGGUGUCACCCAAAAACAAUGACGAGCCUACCAUUCAACAAGGUGCUGUCUCCCCUUUGGUUGGUGACAAUCCAGAGCCCCAUGACUCCCCUCAGAGUUCGCUGAAUCAGAGUGACUGUGUUUGGAGACAGAAGCUACCCGAUGCAAUUGAAGAUGGAGAAAUUCGCAGCACUGUUGCAAGUGUUCUUGAUGGAGCUGAAGAUGUCCUCUCUAUAUUUUUCACCAACAGUGGUUCAGCACUGAGAAAAGUGAAAACUGACAGAAUUAAAAGAAAGCAAGUCCUUCCAACAAAAGAGCAUGGCUGCAGCUCUAUGGACACUUCAACAACAAACAAUGCUGCAUCCAGUGGACAGAGAACAGCUGAUCAGGAACCUGGGAGACCUCCCUCACCCUCACCUGUGAAAACUGGAGAUAUUGGAGUCACCCAGUGGUCUCCAUUGAGUUUGUCUGAAAUCCCACCUUUUACUGUGGAUACUUCUUGCCGUGACAAUAGUCCUGCUACACAAGUGGAGAACAAUAUUUUAACAGAACAACAGCGUAGUGGCUUUGAUUCUGGCCAACCAGUCAGGCCAUCUAUGAAAACCACACAGUCUGGAUUCAUUAAGAAAAAGAGAAAGUUUGUUUACACUGUUGAGACUUUGAAACCACACGUUCGAGCAGAAGAUGCACAGAAGAUGGACUCAUCACAAGGCAUUACAGAUUCUGGGCUACAAGUGAAUGUGAAGCAGUUGGUGAAAGCCCUGGAUGAAGCAGAAGAGAUGCAACAACAGGGAAAUCUGUCUGAAGAAAAGCCACCUCCCUAUGUACAAGCAAAAGUCCAGGAUUUUGACAUAUCCCAGCUCUCCAGAGAUUUUGCACAAGACUUCAGUCAAAUGCCAGACCCCAGUAAACUGAGUAAAGUAGCAGAAGAUCCUCCUCAAAAUGGCUUCUGUCCAUCAGCUUGUCUGUCAGCCAUGAAACAAGCAAAUCAGAAAGCAAGGAAAGCAAACCUGUACCAGGACUGUGAUGGCAUCAGUAACAGAACAUCUGUUUCUACCACUAAUCAAAAUAACUCCAUCAGUGAGGGCACAGUAAGUGACAGUGGAUUCCAGUCUGCGGUUACAGAUAUCACUCAUGUGACUGCAUCAUCAUUUGUUCUGCCCAGCUCAGAGAACAAUGGUGAAAGUCAACAGUGGACAGACUUUAAUACUGAUAUCCCAACUCCUUUUCCAUCGACAAAUAAAGGAAAUGGAAAAGCACAUUUGGAUGAUACUUUACAAGAACCUGAAACUGAUACCAUGCUGUCCAGCGCAGUCAAGGAAAGACAGACACUGGGCCCUGACAGAAAGAGUGACUUUCGCAUGGAGAGCACAUCAACACAGCUUUCCAGUAGUGCAAAAGGAACUGUUGAUAACAUUAAUUGCAUUCCAUUCCAUAAUGGUCAAGUACAUGGCAGUCUGCCAGAGAAAGCAACAGUUUCUCUUCCUCCCAACCAUGCAUCAGGAUUCAAAACCGCUUCAAAUAAGGGUAUACAGAUUUCCUCAGCCAACCUUGAGAGAGCCAAACGUGUCUUCGAAGAGACUGAAGGGGAAAGAACUGUACGUGAUCAGCCCAUCAGAUGUGCCCGUAGCACUAAGGAUGAACUUAGCAUGAGUCAUGGAUCAGUGAAAAACGCACCCUCUAACUCAAACCAGUCACUUUAUUCAAGUGAUAAAUUUGACAGUUGCCAGUUAACAGCUUCACAGAAAGCUGAUGUGACUGAGCUGUGCACUCUCUUGGAAGAAGCAGAUAGCCAGUUUGAAUUUACACAGUUCAAAACUGCAAAGCUAAAACAACAUUGUCAAGAUAAUACCAACUCUUCCCAAAACGCUGACAAAGAACUUGACCCUGAUUUUCUCACAGAUAUAGAUUUUGAUGACAGUUUCAAUUCAGAUGCUGAAAAGCGCAUGGCAGUAACAGCAAUGCCUGACAAAAUGACUGACGUUUCAGAGGGUAAAACGGAUCGUGAAACAUCCAACGUCUCAACUAAAUCCUCAGGUUUGUCAUUGUCAAGUGUUACGAAAAAAGAAAAGUCUUCUACUGAAGAUGUGUCUCCCUCUACAAAGCACCUCUGUGAAGGCAGCAGCGGUGGUAUGGCAGCUGAAGCCAAGAGUCUUGACAGAGCAGGGCACACUGAAACAAGCACACUGGAGAGGAAAAACCCUUUGAUGCUUGCCGCGGGAUUUAAGACUGCAGGAGGAAAUGUUCUGAGAGUUUCCAAAAAGUGUCUGAGCAAAGCGAGAGCUUUGUUUGCAGAUUUAGAGGAGAAUCUUGUGACAAGUCAGAUAUGCCCAGACAAACAAAUUGUUGAAACUGAUGCUGAAACACAGCAUAAGCGCAGUGUGGAAAGUCACACGGGUAACUUUUUGAAACAUAAGGAGGAUAGAGUUAAAGUAAUCUGUUCAGACGGGCAGGUCACAGACAUUAGCGGUGAAGAUGCUACAAAAAGUUUCAAAAACAGCAAAAUGGACACAGCCAAGUGUCAAAGUGGGUUCCAGAUGGCCAAUGGCAAAGGGAUUUCUAUUUCAGCAAAAGCUAUUCAAGAGGCAGCGGCUUUCUUCAAAGACUGUGACCUUAUGGACACUAUGGCUGACAUAUCUGUAAAACAUAGAAAGAGCAUCGAACCCUUGUCUACAAGUGUCAGUCAUAAAGAAAACCUUCCGAAAUUUAAAAAUGCUAAAGAGAUGAAAGCAAACUUUUCUGAAGAAAAAAUCAGUGAGUCUGAAAAUGUGAAUGCUGGACCAGCUCCGCGCCGCACAGAGAUUGUGCAACAUAAUGUGAUGAUUCACAAUCCUGGUUUUAAGAAAACACCUGCUUCAUCGAGUGCAGCGUCCUUCCAUGGGAGCUCGUCAUCAAAUGCAAAGGCACUUUCAUAUGUCUCAUGCACGGUAUCAAAGAAUACUGGCUCUUCUGCCGUCAAUGAACUGAGCAAUAGUGGUGGAUUCUGUACAGCCAGUGGGGAGAAAGUAUUUGUGUCAGCUGAUGCAAUGAAAAAAGCAAAGUGUCUUUUGAAUGACAUUCCUACACUUGAGGACACAAACGAACAACUGAAACAAAAGGAAGAUGUGUUAAGAACUGGUUCUCUCACCAAUGACAGUCAGUUUUCAUCACCUAAAAAUGGUGGAUUUCAGACAGCUGGUGGCAAAGGAAUAACGAUUUCAUCUGCAGCUCUCAAGAAAGCAAAAUCAUUGUUGAGUGAAUGUGAUGAAACUGAGGAUAAAAUCUGUGCAAAAUCAACACAUUCCAAGAUGCCAGUUCCUGGUCCCAGGAGUCUGGGAUUUUUUGCAGCUAGUGGCAAGCCAGUGGCAUUUUCAUCUGAGGCCCUUCAGAAGGCAAAAACUCUCUUCAGUGACAUCAGUUUCAGUGCAGAGAUCUCAUCUGCUUCACACACAAGGAACAGUGACAAGAAUCAAGACAGUACUGAAAAUAUGGAGAUAAUACAUUGUGGUUUCUCAACUGCAGGGGGAGCAAAAGUCCACGUUUCACAGAAAAAUCUCCUGAAAGCAAAAAACCUAUUGAAAGAAUUUGAUGAUGCUUCUAUGUCAGCAAAAGCAAUGCAUGGUACAGAUGCUUUCGCCAAGGACUGUGACAUAAUGCAUGAUAAAGAUGGCAUGCCAGUAACGCACAGGGAAAGUAUUGUACCUGUGAGUGGAAGUGGCAGCAACAAGAACAACCUUGCACAAUUAAAACAAGAUCAAAGGGUGAUGAUAAACAUUUCUGAGGAGCCUGGAAAUGAUUGCGCUGAGUUUGAAAAUGUGAGUCUGGGACAUGAAAAGAUGCUGCACAGUGAUGAUGUGGAGACUGACAAAAGAGUUUUUAAGAGCACACUGGAUUCUACCACUGCAGCCUCUUUACAUGGUAACUCAUCUUUAAUUGCAAAACCCUCCCCGUUGUCAAAGAGUGCUCGUUGCUCUUCCAUCAAUGAAUUGAGCAACAGUGGAGGAUUCUGUACAGCCAGCAGGAAAGUGUCCGUGUUGGAUGACACAAUGACAAAAGCAAAGUCUCUGUUGAAUGAAGAUGCUACAUUUGAGGACACAAACAAACAGCUGAAACUGAAUGUAGAUACUUUGCCACCACAGAACAGUGGAUUUCAGACAGCCAGUGGCAAAGGAGUGGCUAUUUCAUCUGCAGCUCUAAAGAGAGCAAAAACACUGUUCAGUGAAUGUGAAGGAGUGGAGGAUAAAAUCAGUGUAAAACCAACACAUUCCAAGAUGCCAGUUCCUGGUCCGCCACCCAGGAAUCAGGGAUUUCUUGCAGCCAACGGUAAGCCAGUGGCAUUUUCAUCUGAGGCCCUCCAGAGGGCAAAAGUGCUCUUCAGCGACAUCAGUUUCAGUGCAGAGAUCCCAGCUGCUUCACACACAAGGAACAAUGAACACAAAGAUGCUGUAAGUGAUACAGAAAAAAUCCAUUGUGGUUUCACAACUGCACAUGGAGCCAAAGUCCAUGUCUCACAGAAAAAUCUGUUAAAAGCAAAGAACCUUUUGAGAGAUUUUGCUGAUGGGGAAUGUCAUAAUUCAAACACCUACUCAACAAGCCCACAUGACACCCAUAAAUCAGACAAAGUGAAGGAUGUGAAAAGAAAUUUGAAUUCAAAUCUCACCACAGCCAAGGAAAUGUCAAGCGUGUUGGACUGUGAAAUAAAUCAGACAAGCAGCAAUGAGGAAUCUAAGGUCAAAAGGACAGAUGAGUCUUCAGUUCUGUACUUUCAGUCAGUUAACCUAAGUGGCUGCACUGAGGCCCAGCAGAAGUUUCUUGCCCAGGAGGCUCUGGACUGCACUAAAGCUUUGUUAGAAGAUGAAAAUCUUGCUGGCCAAAGACUCUCAGUGACUUCAGAAAAUGUUCCACUGCAAGAUAACCCAAAAUCCAGCAACAGAUCUGCAGAGGAACAAAAAGGAACAGGGAAAAGACUUGUAGAGGACCCAGAUAUGAGCAGUCAGCCUCCCCUGAAGAGACGGUUACUGGAGGAAUUCAACAGGAAUGCUGGUGAUUCAAGAGGUUCAACGCUCCAUCCGGAAAAAAGCAGUCCAAAUGGUAUAAUGAAAGACAGGAGAGUUUUCAAGUACAGCGUCCCUCUUCAUCCAAACAUCACAAGGCCACACAGCAAUGGACGAAACUAUGUGGAAACCAGAUUGCAAAAGACAACACCAGCACAUUACUCAACUACAGGAGACAGCAGGGCAGCACACUCCAAGAUGCCCACGUUUAUUCCUCUGUUUGUCAAGAAUGCAACGACAGAGAGGCGCAAGAGCACAGUACUCAAGGACAACAUAAGAACACCUUCUGCCUUUGUUCCUCCUUUCAAAAAACAAAGAGCUAUUGUCCAAGAGAGCUCCUCUAAACCACAGGAUAAGGAGGAUAAACAACACCACCUCUCUGUAACACCCUUUAACAGCAACACUUUUGUACCACCCACUAAAAAAACACCAGGCACUGCAGAUUUAACUGGUAACCAAAGGAAAGAAGACAUUCAAACAGUGGCCUUGGGUGACACAAUGACUGAUAAUCUGAUGAAUAUUCCUAACUUUCCUGUUGACUGUGGAUCAGAGGACUGUGCUGCAGAGGCGUCACAUGUGGAGGACACAUUGUCCAGAAGCCAUGACAUGUUUCAGAAUCUUCAUAACAUACAGCUGGCACGAGAUAUGCAAGACAUGAGGAUCAGGAAAAAGAAGCGCCAAACUAUUCGACCUUUGCCCGGCUGUUUGUUUCUAACCAAAACGUCAGGAGUGUCGAGGAUCCCAUUAAAAGCUGCAGUCAGUGGAAGGUGUCCUGCAAGAUGCACCAAAAAACAGCUGUACAGCCAUGGAGUUCAUCAGCAUGUGUAUGAGGUCACCAGUGAGACUGCAGAAUCUUUUUGCUUCAGCUUACAGCAGUUCAUCAAACAGGAGGCAUUUAUAGACAGAGGUGGUGUUCAGCUUGCUGAUGGAGGAUGGCUGAUCCCCAGUAAUGAUGGGACUGCAGGGAAAGAAGAGUUUCACAGAGCGUUAUGUGACACCCCGGGUGUGGAUCCGAAACUGAUGAGUGAGGAGUGGGUAUACAAUCACUACCGGUGGAUUGUAUGGAAGCAGGCCUCCAUGGAAAGAUCAUUUCCAGAAACGAUGGGCAGCAUCUGUCUCACACCAGAGCAAGUUCUCCUUCAGCUUAAGUACAGAUAUGAUGUGGAGGUGGAUCACAGCCGUAGGCCGGCUCUGAGAAAGAUCAUGGAAAAGGACGACACAGCAGCCAAAACUCUGGUCCUCUGUGUUUGCGGGGUCGUCUCCAGGGGUCACUCCCCAAAAAGACACAGCUUCAGUGACAUCAAGGCUCCAGGUGCUGAUACCAAGGUUGAAAACCCAUCUGCAGUUGUUUGGCUGACAGAUGGCUGGUACGCCAUUAGAGCCCAGCUGGAUGAAGCUUUGACUGCCAUGCUUCACAAAGGUCGACUGGCUGUCGGUGGGAAGUUGAUCAUCCAUGGGGCUCAGCUGGUGGGAUCACAAGAUGCUUGCUCCCCUCUAGAGGCACCUGAUUCUCUCAUGUUAAAGAUUUGUGCUAAUAGCUGCAGACCUGCACGAUGGGAUGCUAAACUGGGCUUUCACAGAGAUCCACGGCCAUUCCUGCUUCCUGUUUCCUGUUUGUACGGCAAUGGAGGACCAGUAGGAUGUGUGGACAUUGUGAUACUGAGAAGCUACCCCAUACAGUGGAUGGAAAGGAAACCAGACGGAGGUGUCGUGUUUCGUUCUGUUCGUGCAGAAGAGAAGGAGGCGAGACGAUACAACAGCCACAAACAAAAAGCCAUGGAGAUCCUGUUUGCUAAGAUUCAAGCUGAAUUUGAAAAGGAGGAGAAAGGUAACAAACCUCAACGUAGAAGACGGACAAUCAGUCGUCAGGAUGUUGCAAAUCUCCAAGAUGGAGAGGAGCUCUAUGACGCAGUGGGAGACGACCCAGCUUACCUGGAGGCUCAUUUGAGUGAACAGCAGUUGGAGACUGUACAUACCUACAGGCGUUCGCUGAUGGAGAAGAAGCAGGCUGAGCUGCAGGAUCGGUACAGACGAGCUUUAGAAAAUGCAGAGGACCGUGAAGGUAGCUGUCCCAAGCGAGACGUCACGCCUGUGUGGAGACUCUGCAUUGCUGACUCUCUGGACGGACCCGGCAGUGUUUACCAGUUGAACCUUUGGAGACCUUCCUCGGAUCUUCAGUCUCUACUGAAGGAAGGCUGUCGAUACAAAGUCUACAACCUCACCACGUCAGAUGGAAAGAAACAUGGCGGGAGGACAACUGUUCAGCUGAGUGGGACAAAGAAAACACAGUUUCAGGACCUACAGGCUUCUCAGGAAUGGCUGUCAACACGUUUUCAACCGAGGGUCUCUACCAAUUUUGUGGAUCUUCAAAACCCAGAAUUCCAGCCGCUGUGUGGAGAGGUUGAUCUCACAGGAUAUGUUAUCAGCAUCAUAGACGGACAAGGUUUCUCUCCUGCAUUUUAUUUGGCCGAUGGGAAACUGAACUUGGUUAAAGUGCGUUGUUUCAGCAGCUUGGCUCAGUCUGGCCUGGAAGAUGUGGUAAAACCACUUGUCCUGCUGGCUCUGAGCAACCUGCAGCUGAGAGGUCAGUCCACGUCUCCAACUCCUGUUGUGUACACUGGAGAUCUGACCGUCUUCUCUGCAAACCCCAAGGAAGUUCAUCUGCAGGAAUCCCUCAGCCAACUCAGAAACCUGGUCCAGGGUCAGGAGAACUUCUUUCAAACUGCUGAGGAGAAGCUUUCGCAUUUGGUCAAAUCUGAUGGCCAGACCUCCACCUCAUCUCCAGCUCUGCCAACACGAACCCCAGCUUCUGUAACAGAUAGAACACAAGGCACAAAGACAAGCGUUACAUUUCAGCAGCCAGUCAGAAGCCUCGGAUCCCUCACACCUGUCAGCAGGAAGCCUCUUGCAGCAAACUGUUCAACAGAGAAAGACCCAAGCAGCCUGAAGAGGAAGAGAGCUCUGGACUAUUUGUCUCGUAUCCCGUCUCCACCACCUCUCUCCCAUCUGGGCUCAGUGGCUUCUCCAUGUCUAAAUAAGACAUUUAACCCCCCUCGGAGAUCUGGGACACCUAGCACUUUAAAAACAGCACAGACUCCAGCUCGCAAACCUGUCAAUUCACCGGUGGAGGAUGAAUGGGUGAAUGACGAGGAACUGGCGAUGAUUGAUACUCAAGCAUUGCUUGUUGGUGAUUUAAUGUAGGUACAUAACACUGUAUGAGCGUGCUGCAACUUUUGAAACUGUGUAAAUGACUGAAUGUAAAGGUUAAAGGCUGUUUAAGGCACAUAUUCUGUGGUCGUUUUGUCAUCUCAUUGCACUCAUUAAAAGA